GGCCCUGCGAAGGGCCGGUCUGCACGCGCUGGUGCUCGGGCUCCUUCUCGGGGGUCGGACAGGGCCAGCGCAGUAGGCUUGGGCCCGGCGGGAGCGAUGUUCGUAGCGCGCAGCAUCGCGGCGGAUCACAAGGAUCUCAUCCACGAUGUGUCCUUCGACUUCCACGGGCGGCGGAUGGCGACCUGCUCCAGUGACCAGAGCGUCAAGGUCUGGGAUAAAAGUGAAAGUGGAGACUGGCAUUGUACUGCUAGCUGGAAGACACAUAGUGGCUCUGUGUGGCAUGUGACGUGGGCCCAUCCUGAGUUUGGACAGGUUUUAGCUUCCUGCUCCUUUGACCGAACAGCAGCUGUUUGGGAAGAAAUAGUAGGAGAAUCGAACGACAAACUGCGAGGACAGAGUCACUGGGUGAAGAGAACAACUUUGGUGGAUAGCAGAACAUCAGUUACUGAUGUGAAAUUUGCUCCCAAGCAUAUGGGUCUUAUGUUGGCAACCUGUUCAGCAGAUGGUAUCGUAAGAAUAUAUGAGGCGCCCGACGUGAUGAACCUCAGUCAGUGGUCUCUGCAGCAUGAGAUUUCAUGUAAGCUGAGCUGUAGUUGUAUUUCCUGGAAUCCUUCAAGCUCCCGUGCUUAUUCUCCCAUGAUAGCUGUAGGAAGUGAUGACAGUGGCCCAAAUGCAAUGGCCAAGGUGCAGAUAUUUGAAUAUAAUGAAAAUACCAGGAAAUACGCAAAAGCAGAAACUCUUAUGACCGUCACUGAUCCUGUGCAUGAUAUUGCAUUUGCUCCGAAUUUGGGAAGGUCUUUCCACAUUCUGGCUAUAGCCACCAAAGAUGUGAGAAUUUUUACUCUAAAACCUGUGAGGAAAGAACUGACUUCCUCUGGUGGGCCAACAAAAUUUGAAAUCCAUGUAGUGGCUCAGUUUGAUAAUCAUAAUUCCCAGGUCUGGAGAGUGAGUUGGAAUAUAACGGGAACAGUACUAGCAUCUUCAGGAGAUGAUGGCUGUGUGAGAUUGUGGAAAGCCAAUUACAUGGACAACUGGAAGUGCACUGGUAUCCUGAAAGGUAAUGGGAGCCCAGUCAGUGGGAGUUCCCAGCAGGGAAACGCAAACCCUUCCCUAGGCUCAAACGUUCCAAAUCUGCAAAAUUCAUUACAUGGACCUUCUGCUGGCAGAAAGCACAGCUGAGUACAAGCUAACGGAGUAACUUUGCUGUUUGCUGCUUGUUGCAUGCACACGGGAAUGGAGAGCGAGCUCCUUUUCCCCUUCCCCAGCGCCGUUUGACCUCUCCCAAGAUACACCAGCAGCCUGCUUACUACUAAACGCAGUCCAAAAGGCCUUUAAAAAACCAUGUAUUUCAUUUUUUUGUACUAGCUAGUUUAUUGACACUAUUUGAAACUUUUGAAAUAUAAAUGGAGAGGCUUUUUGUUGAGACAUUGUCACCACAAGUUUUUUGAAAUGUUCCUGAAACUAACAGGAGUUUAAAAGUUUUUAAAAGGAUAUCAUCCUUAUAGCUGGGAGGAGGGAAAAAUAUCACUUGGUUCCAAUUGGAGAAUAUAGGCUUGUUUCUUUUGUUUCCUUUAAGAGUAAGCUAAAAAGAUGAAUUUCUAUAGUUUCAAUUUGAAGACUGAAUAAGUAAUUUUCAUAAGAUUGUU